AUGCUGGAACUAAUAUCAUCGCUGCCAAUCAUCGUCUGGAAAACAUUAAUCAUUACCGUUUUUCCGAAUUUUGGCCCGCUUGGUAUAACAAAUCCAAAGGCAGUUGUUACGGAAAAUCGACGUGGAUUUAUAAACUCCAGUACGUUUGUUGCAUAUCCAAUCGGGAAGGCAGACUGGUCGAAGAAUAUUAGUGCAAAGCCGACUUUUUUAAAUUAUUCAUCGACGGUCCGGGCCAUUUCAUCGGCACGUUUAACAACGGAUUGGUACGAAGAAUGCUGGGAAAACCUCAUCGGACAGAAUACCUGA